AUGCCAUACGCAGCCGCCCCGCUACCGAAGUUGACAGAGCUCCUGAAAAUCCAGAUCCUGACAAUACUGUCAAAGCCUUUCCUGCCACUAGAUGCACAGGGUAUUCUUAUCUGGAUCCUUACUGUUGGUGGCAUAGUGGCGGUUGAUACGGAAAAGAGACCUUGGUUCGUCGCUCGGCUCGGCGACAUCGUCGAAUCAUGUUCUGUGCGUGAGUGGGAGCAAUUUAAGAGAAUCUUGAGACGGAUGCUCUGGCUAGGUAGUGCCUGCGAUGCAGCAGCGUACAGUCUGUGGGUUGAGGUUACUUUGCAAUUCUCUAAGUGA